AAACCAUCAGUGUAAACAACUACAUUGUGAGCUAAGCAAAACAAAUUUCCGUUUCUGGAUCCAUUACAUUCAUCGAGUUAAAUUAUGCCUCUAACCGCGGAGCAAGCAAUGCUACAGGUGCAGGACCGUCUAAAAUCACUCAAGACUCUAGUUUGUGAAAUCGAAACUGAACGCAAACGCAUUGAACCGAACAUCAAUAAUAUGGUGCGCUUAUCAAAGAUUGCCAGUGAUGAUAAAUCUCCUGCCCUGAACCAUAAGCUUAAAACAAUCUACAAAAUCGGUUUACAAGAUGCGAUACAGGAAGAAGCUCUUAUACGUCAAGCUUUGGCAAAAAUUCAGGACAUUCGUAACAUACGCAAUGAGCGACGGAUACAAGCGCGCAACGCUGGAAACAAGGAAACCAUCCGGCGAGGCGCAUUGAUGAAAAUGCUGCUAAUAUCGGCCCAAACAUUGCCUCUGUUCGUUAGCAAACCCGGCGAAAAGGUUCCACCACUGUGCGGUUCUAUCCCUGCCGACAAUAGCUACAUAGCCAAACCGGGCGACAUGGUGGCGGCGCUGGUCAAGAGCGAGGAGGGAGAAGAAAAUUGGAUUCUCGCCGAGGUGGUACUGUACGUGUCCUCAACCAGUAAGUACGAAGUGGACGAUAUAGACGAAGAGCAGAAAGACCGCCACGUUCUGAGCCGACGACGGAUCGUGCCACUUCCGCUUAUGCGUGCCAAUCCCGAAACGGAUGGCCAGGCACUGUUUCCGAAAGGAACCACCGUGAUGGCGCUCUAUCCCCAGACGACUUGUUUUUAUAAAGCCAUUAUAAAUCAACUUCCACAAACGGCCAACGAAGAGUACGAGGUGCUGUUCGAAGAUCCUUCCUACCCGGACGGGUACUCGCCGCCACUGUUCGUCGCUCAGCGCUACGUGAUUGCGAUAAAGCAGAACAAAAAAACCACCUCUUGACAGCCUCAAGGACAGUCCCAAACGCAUAUCUCCAAUGCUAUGACCAGUGCCGGGGUCAGUGGUGGUUCUUUUCCAACAGCGGGAUGCGUUGCGGGAGUAACCGGCAGCACCCUUCCUUUCCACACUUCCGUGCAUACGAAGGAAGAGCCAAUAGUAGAAGGCUUUUAUGCCGACCAACAAUAUUAAUUGCUCAUUGCAAAAGCAUUCACAACAAACACGAAGGGGUUUGUUUUAUAAUAAAGCGAAUCUGGUUGCGGCGACACACUCUCUUGAAUCCACAAACAUUACAAAAUCCUCUUCGGUAGUUAAAUACGUUAAGG